AUAUUUCCUCAGAAGAGGUUUGGGACCAAAACAUCUAAAAGAGAGUGGACAUUCAUCAGACCCUGCUGCCAACACAUCAACCCACCAAUCAGCAGAGGCUCCUGACCAGCCAGACCCCUGCAGGAUUGAGGUGGUCUCGGUGUCAGAGGAAGACCUCCCAAUUGUCAAGACCCCCAGUGCGGGCAGCUUUUCUGCUAUCCCCCAGUCAGAGAACAUUUCGGUCAAACAUCAAGAAUUCCAGCCUUCAGCACCCAGUGCGACCAUGCCAGUCACCAAGGUGCAGCCAUUCUUCCAUGACGAUGACUUGGAUAAAAGCUGGAAGGACAGAUUGCUAACUCAACACUUCAAGCUGCUAAUUGCUUCAUGUUUCUUUGUGGUGUUCACUCUCGCUCUUGGAAUCGGUCUCGGAGUGGGUCUAAGCUGUGUGGGGAAGUUUCGCUGUGGCUUGUCAUCUCAAUGCAUCAGCUCCUCGUUCCAGUGUGAUGGAAAAGUGCAGUGUAACAAUGAAGAGGAUGAGCUUGGCUGUGUGCGUCUGAGUGGGAGGAACUCCGUGCUGCAGGUUCAGAAAGGGGGAGUGUGGUGGACAGUCUGCUCAGAGGACUGGAACAACUGGCUGGGGGUCUCUGCCUGCAAGCAGCUGGGAUACUCAAGGUACCUGGAGUCGUUCUUCAUCUCUCUGACCUCCAUUGAGCAGGACCUUCAGCACAACCUAGUGUCCAUCAGACUGAACCAGUCACAGACCGUUAAGCUCCAGGUGGCCACAGCCUCCAGUAAGGCUCAGUGCAGCUCGGGGAAGGUGACCACUCUGAAAUGUCUCGAGUGUGGCACCAGGCCUAAGUACAACACUCGUAUUGUUGGAGGUAACAUCUCCAAACCAGGUCAGUUCCCCUGGCAGGUCAGUCUCCACAUCAAUGGUGAACAUGUUUGUGGAGGCUCCAUCAUAACAUCACAUUGGAUCCUUACCGCAGCACACUGUGUGUACGGGUUUGCAGAUCCCUCCAUGUGGGUGGUCUAUGUUGGGCUGACGGAGCAGCCGGUCCACAGGGCCCAGUCUCUGGCUGUAGACCAGAUCAUAUACCACGCUUACUAUCAGCCCAAAGGACUGGACUAUGACAUUGCACUGAUGAAACUGGCCACAUCACUUGUUUUCAAUGGCUUCGUGGAGCCCAUCUGCCUGCCUAACCAUGGGGAGGAGUUUAAAGAGGGCACCAUGUGCUGGAUCUCUGGGUGGGGAGCAACCGAAAAUGAAGGAGACACCAGUGAAGUUCUGCGUUCUGCCAUGGUACCACUCCUCUCCACUAAGACCUGCAACAAGCCAAAGGUUUACCAUGGCUUCAUCUCCUCCUGGAUGAUCUGCGCUGGAUUCCUGGAAGGAGGAACAGACUCCUGUCAGGGAGACAGCGGAGGUCCUCUGGCCUGUGGAGACUCGUCUGUAUGGAAGCUGGUUGGGACAACCAGCUGGGGAAUUGGCUGUGCAAUGAGGAACAAGCCAGGUGUUUACACUCGCAUCACGAAGUCCCUCAGCUGGAUCCACCAGCAGAUGGAGGUCAGUACAUCACAAGCUGUGUCCUGUUUCAGGAUUGGCCUCUUCAGAAGAACCAUGGCCAUAUUCAUAAAACAGCCAUCUGUUAUCUAUCCCACUUAUCCUGAAGAGGGUCGCGGGGGUCCUAAGCCAAUCCCAGCUGAUAUUGGGCAGAGGCAGGGUCCACUCUGGUCACCAGUCUGACUGGGCUGAGAGACAGA